UUAUAAAAAUGAGUUCGGAACAACGUUUGAUCUUGUUUCAUCCUUGACGCACAUUUUUACAGAUCGUAGGAUAUUUCUUAAGCGGAGCAUUUUCGAUUUUCCUUCUUCAAAGGUUGAAUAUCAGAUGAUGAACAAUUAUACGAAGCGCGAGCCGCCUGAGGUGAUCGUUCUCUCCGAUAGCGACGUGAUUUCUGUUCCGGGGGAUCGGGGCAGUACAGUGGGGCAAACUCGACCCGCGCCUGAGGCUCCUGCAGAAACAGACUCACAGGAGCAACUCCUGUUCCCGAGAAAGGGCGGGAAGCAGCAGCCUACCGGAUCAUCUUCGGUUGGCGCCCAAAAUAAUAAUCUUCCCGACUCUCAGGUGGUCUCUACGUCGCAGGUUGAUUCACAAGAACAACUCGUUCUGCAAGCAGCGGCCUCCUUCAAGAAUGCAUCUUCGCACCUGAGGAAAAAAGAAAGUGUCGGACUCAUUGCAACUGAGAAUUAUAACGAUCAGAAUUAUGCCUCGUUCAGUCUUGGAGCUGGUUCUUCCAGUGGAACACCGUUUGGCGUCGAGAAAAAACUGAACAAGAAGGUUGUCACCUUUCGGGAAUCGAGUAGCGAGGUGGAAUUCGUGCUUGACCAAUCCAUAUCGAGCGCCGUGCAAGAUGGAUCUAUUGGGCACCGGAACGAUCCAGGUCUCAAGCGAUUCAGUCCGGUUUUGGGCAAUGGAGCCGGCACGGGAGGACAAGGUAGUAGUUCCUCGAGCAACUCUCCUAGUAGAGCGCCCCUCGUGGUGCCGAGCAGUCCCAGCCAGCACCCCCUAGGAUCGCAGGCUCAACAAUUCUCGCAGCGAAGUGCUAGCCAGAAAGGGACCCCUAGCAGUGCAAGUGCCAAGGGGCCGCGGGUGAAAACAAGAACGCCCGGGACGGGCGGGAGCAGGACGUCGAAAAAAGCGCCUAAAACGCCGGGAACAGCGAAGUCUGGAGCAUCAAGUAAAGCGGCACGGAGCCAGCAAACGCCCGGUGGACCACCGCUCAGCGCGGGCAAGAGGACGCCGGGGCAGAAAACUACAACAAGCGGGAAGAGGAAGAACAAGGCCACACCAAAAUCUUCAGCUCGGGAGCCGGAGAACCGGGAUGAGUUUUAUGAUUUUGUGUACGAAAAAUUGUCUGACGACGCAGUGAGUCGUUGGUGCUCGCAUUUUGGCCUGAAGGUGAACGCGGGAAAAGCGUUUCUGGCACAGAAGCUGGAGGAGAUUCUUCGGUUUGUCUUCGACGGGGACGAGAAAUCCUUUUUGCAGACGAUAGCGAAAGCAGUCGUGCCGGGUUUUGGAUCCAGUGUGAUACCGUUAGGAGGAGGCUCGCAGCACAGUAAUAACAGAAGGACACCAAACAGGAAUAACGAGGGGCAUCCACUGUGGUCCGCUGCUUUGUCUGAAGACGCAAAUUAUCACGCUAGUUCCCUCGAGCCUGAAUCUGUACCUUCUGGUAACGACGAGAGUCUCGAUGCGCGUCUCAUUCACGCGGUUCGGUCGGAAACGGGUUUGUACGAACAAAUGUUGCUUUUCACCCCGGUGCAACCACUGGAAGUUCAAAAGCUCCUGCGUGAAAACCACAAUAUACGAAUCGGCCUGCAAGUCUGCGUCGAUUUCCUUGAGCGUAACAGUAUUUUGUAUUCGAAGUAGGGUUGUUUUGAUGACGUGAAGCGAAAGAGUAGUGCUAGUGGCAAGGACGUGGACGUCUCCAAGACAGCUACACUUUCAUCAUUCUCAGUUCGAACAAGGACCUUGUC